AUGGCGGAUAAACAACAAGAAGAAGAUAAGAGACCUUUGAAAAAUUUGCUAGAAAAGGUCUAUGAAGUCCAUAGAAAUGACAUUAAAGACUACGCAAGUGGACAUCUUAAUCUAAGUAAACUAAUGAAGAGCCAAAGUGAACGACAUUCACCAUGGGAGAGCUCAAAAGAGCCUCCAAUAAGGUUAAAGGCAGCUCACAGGGUCGUUGACUAUCCAGUGAGAGUUGGGCAGUUGUCUGAGGCCGAAACAGUACAGCAGAAAAUGGAAGAUACAUUGAUUGAAUUCAGUCUUGGGCCCAUUGGAAGCAUGACUGGUGAAUCUGUUCUGAAGCUAGCAGCAGAGCCAGAGGUAUCUUCAGCCACCAAGAGAGUCCCUGUCAACGUUGAAGAGCUUCACUUACCAGAAAUCAUGAUUCCAGUAGCUCACAAAGAUAGAAAAGGUGAGGAAUACUAUGAGAAUGCCUUCCUUCAGAGCUACCUGAAUCAGCCCACCAAGAGAGACCAGUUUGCUAGUUUUAAAGAUUUUGAAGACAAAGUUAUUCACCUUAAAGAUGCAAAUGAUAGAGGAGUAUUGACGGGAGAGAAAACUGUGAGAAUGCUGCAUAAGAAACUGUUAAAGAAACUAAAUGCAUUGGAUUCAACCAGUCAACGGGGACCCAACUUUCAUAGACUACAGAUCUACACUGAUAUAUGGCAGGAGAUCAUUGAUCACUCUGAUACGUUUGGUGGAAUCCUUAAGAGCAUUAAGGAUGAAUACGAUAACUACAUGUCAUACUUGCUUGAUACGCAAAGACCCUCUCAACACAAGCUGCUGUACCACCAUCUUGAUAGCCUGGCACAAGACCAGUCUGUGUCUGGGGAAUUGAAAAAGGAACAAGAGAGAGUAGCAAUGUUUGAAAAGGAAGCUCGCUCUUUACUGGAAGAGAACGAGAGGUUGAAGAUUGAAUUGAAGGAGGAAGAAGAUAAGGCGGCCGAAGAACUUGCAAAUGUCGCUAAAGAAACCCAAGCACCGAAGGCACAAGUGCAUGUAGAAGAUGUUCCAAAAGACUUAGAAGAACAAGUCAAUGAUUUACACACACAGAUUUUUGAGAAGUUAGAAGCCAUUGAAGCAUUAAAGAGACACCAGAGACAGGAAUGUGUCCCUGUUUCUGUUUGUCAUCAUUUAGAGCAGUGUGUCAAAGAAACUGAGGUUGAUAUCCAAAAACUGCUGAAACAGAAUGAAUUUUUGGAACAAUCAAUUGUUGAGCUGGAGAAAGAACUUGAAGAGUUGAUGGAGAAAUCUCAUACAGAUGAAAAUGAAGCAAGGAAAAUGUGGAAGGGUAUAAAUACUCUAGAUGUGAUUAAAUUGUCUCAAAGUAAAAAGAAAAAGAAGAAAUCAAAAAAGAGAUAACAAAAAAAUAUUUUAGUAUAAAAACUGAAUCAUUAUUGCACGAUCUGAGUAACAGAAUUCAAGAACAAAAUGUUGUAAAACGCUAAACUUUAGGUUUCAAGCCAGGUUGACAAAGGGUUUUUAUUGCAUGUCGUGAUGGUGCAAAAACAUAGCUGUGUGAUUUGUGGUUAUAUUCCCAAACAAGCUGCUGUGGCAGAUUUAGGGGGGGUUCAUUGGGUGCAAAUAAACCCCCACCCCAUCCCACCUUGGAUUUUUUAUAUUUUUUAAAAUAAAUAAAUAAAAGUAUGGUAGGUCCGCUUUUUGAAAAUUAACACCUUCGCCCAUAAUAAUCRGGCCUGGAAGGCUGGAUUGGCAUACCUCUAUUCUUUUUGGCGCGCGGGCCUGAAUUGCCUUGCUCGCCUUCCUGCGUUUUCAAGAGAACGUUAUUGUUGUGCCGAGAUUAGCAAAAAUGAACCCCCCUCUUAAAGUCCUGGAUCCGCCACUGAGCUGCGUGAUGUGUGAUGUGCGAUCAUGAUUGUUCAAAAAUUUUCUCUGUCACUCAUCAUUUAAUUUAAAAAUUCAGAGUGAAAUGUUAUGGGAACCCUUUGCCACCCUUUGCAGUACAAGGAUCAACUCAUGUGUUUCUACUGGUCCACUCAUUCAAUUCCUGCAAUAAAGUAAUGUUGCACGAUUACAGUAAUAUUCAAAUGCAUACUUUUUUGGGUUUAUAUGAAAGGCAUUUUUAUCUCCUAAAAGUUAAGGAAUAUGCAAGAUUUACAAUUACUGUACAUUUAUUAACUUAUUAAGAGUUGUACAUAAGAUUGAAAGUUUAUUUAUGACAAAAUUUAUAACGAAAUUUUCAAUAAAAAUACUCAGCGA